AUUCUUAGUUUAUUCCAGCUGGCAAAGGGUCACACCUACUCCAAGGACAUACCUCCUAAUCCUUCAAAACAGUUCGACUAACUGAGGACCAAGAGUUCAAACGCACAGACCUAUGGGACAUUCUCAGAGGACUAGAGCUGCUGUUGCCUUGGGAUUUCUACAACACAUCUCUUGCCAGCUGAGUUGGAAUGAAGGCUCUUCUUUGGUUUCCCCAUGUUUUGUGUUUUGUUUGCUACUGCUGGGCUGUGCCCCACAUGUCAAGACAGAAUUUGAAUUCAAGCUCCAUGACUUGGAAUCUGUUACCAACAAAUAGCUACAUUGAUAUACCAUGGCUGGCAUCUAUGCCUGGAAAUUGCCAGGGUAUUGUCCUGACUCCAUGGCUGAUUCUUUCAACAGCUAACUGUCUGAAGAAAUUGAAACCAUUAUACCUGGACAUUUCAGGAGUAAAUGACCCAGAAAGCAUUCCACAUGGCCAAAGAAUCUGCCUCCACCCCAAGUUUAAUUUCAAAGAUGUAAACAAUCCAAUGAAAGCGGACAUUGGCUUGAUCAUUUUUGAAGAGCCUAUCUAUGGGGAUGAAAUACCACUAGCUCAAUCUGCUAAUAUAUCCUUGAAGAGCUGUUCUAAGUGCAAAUACGAAAGCUGUUAUGUGUAUGUAUACCAGAGUAGCAAGAAGCUUGGAACCAGCAGAAUAAAGAAGAUAGAUGUGCAGCUGCUAGAUUUCUCAACGUGCCAUCACCAACAUUCCAAUCUAGAGAAGACUGUGGGCUUGUGUAUUCAGAGUCAGCCACGGCAGGAUUGCUGGAUACAGAGAUCCAGUCCUGUCCUAUGUCUCCUAAAGAACCGCUGGGAACUAGUGGGCCUUAUACACAAAACUUCAAGGAUAUGUCAAAAUCCCACAAUCAUCAUUAGAACAAGACCUUACUUAUCCUGGAUAAAACAAUUCAUCAAGGCAUCUAAGAAGCUACUUAAUCCUACUUCCUCCUUACACUGUAGGACAUUGUAUGAAAGUGAUCAUGUUCCCCAAAUCAGACAUAGCUAUAAUUAUAUCCCAACUCUGGCCUCCCAUGAUUCCUUGUUGAGUGUUUCACAAGGAAACUUAGAUAUUUCUCCACAAACCAAAUAUACCAACAAUGUACCAACAAUCUUUAAUUUUAGUGAUAUAAGUUAUUUUGCUGAUAGUCACAGAUUAUUCCUUGGUAAAAGCCAGACACUACAACCUGUCAACUCAUUGCCUAUUGCUGGACUUCUAGAAAGUUCUGAACAGAAUUUAAUUCCGUAUUAUCAGAAUAUUCCUCCACAUAAUACAGGUAAUUUAAAUAAAUCUCCAUUAUCUCAGGUUAUUUCUGACACAACUAUAUCAUAUAUUUCUCCUAAGAAUGAUGGUGCUAAUCCCUGGGGUUUUGCACCAUAUAAUACUGAUGAGUCUUUUGAUAAAAUCAUGACAGAUAUAAUUAAACAAUCAAGUCCAUCAGAAGAUAAUGGAAUGGAGCCUUUAAAUUUCCAUGAGGAGAGUAUGACUGAUGAUUCUUGGAUGGAAAAUGUUACUGAUUUAGAUAAAUACGGGAAUCUUUUUAGAGCCAUGUCAAAUGAACCUCAGAAUCAAUAUACAACUGAGGCCCACUUACCAGUAAAUUUCCCUUUUUCUGAAGGAGAGGUAGCCUGGGGAUUCCCUGCUUCAGGUGAAGCUGUUAAAAAAACAGACCUGCCCAUGGAUUUCCUGCUACAAAAUGAAAUGUUUAAUAUGCCCCCCUUUGAAAGUAGGAGGAUUCCCAAACCAAGUGGUACAAUUGAGCUCUGGCCUUCUCCUUCUGACUUCUAUGUUGUAAAUUCUCAAGAUCAACCAGUUACUGAUGCAGUAAGAGCACAGAAUCAUCCUAUAUCUGAUGUCAACAGAUUCCAGAUUCUACCAAUGGAGAGCAUAGGUAUGCCCUCGACUCCCAAUUUUACCCGUGAAUCUUUACCUACCCAUCUUGAGGCUAAAACCUCUCAAUACCCAGAUUAGCAACAGUACAAUGCCACCAUAAGGCCAGUCUUCAUUUAAGGCCAUUUUGCAGCCUGUAGUUGAAACUAAACCCCAAAUGAAAGCUGAAUCUGAGAAAGCCAGAUACCAAGACUAAUCUUAGCUGAAAGAAUCACUAAAGUGAAGUAGAUGUAAUAGGAUUUCUUCUUUCUAUCGAAGUUCACACAUUUAUUGAGACAAAUUGCCUUCAUUCCCUUGGAACAACUUAUGGCCUCAUCCUUUGAAAUGUUGUUUUUCCUUCUGGAAAAUUAUAUAUUAUCUCUUUUAAAAAAUAAAAUAAAUUGAAAACAAAUAG